CACUGUCGCCCAUUUAUGUUGGAAAAUUUAAUCAUGACAUUUUAUGUUUGUUGCCAUGGAUCAAAUCGCUUAGUGUGUCAUUCCCUAUCUUUUGUCUUUUCUUUGGGAAAUACCCCCGAGUAAUUAAUCCCAAUCGACCAACCAAGUCGAGUUUAGCUUCCGUGUUCGGCUUGCUGAAAUACCGCCAUUUUUAUUACAAAUUGAGUGUGCAUUCUACUCUAAAAAUGCUGUAUUUAGAAGAUUAUUUGGAGAUGAUAGAGAACCUGCCGAUGGAAAUGCGAGAACGAUUGACAGAAAUGCGAGAAAUCGACCUACAAGUUCAAAAUUCGUUAGACAGCCUUGAUGAACGUGUGAAAGCUUUCUUCAAGAAAUGUCUUCAGUCAAACCAGAAACACGAAAAUAAAGACGACCAAUUUCAGGAAAUAAAAGAGGCAUAUUAUAAAACGUUAGAAGAUGCUGAUGAAAAAGUUCAACUAGCAAACCAUAUACAUGAUCUGGUUGAUCGCCAUCUACGUAAAUUAGAUCAGGAAUUAGCCAAAUUUAAGAUGGAAUUAGAGGCUGAUAAUGCUGGUAUCACAGAAAUAUUAGAAAAACGUUCGUUAGAUUUAGAUAAACCUCAACAAAUAAACAACUCAACUAAAUCAGAAAGAAAGAGAUUAGCGCAACCCAACUCCGUGGUCAAUAACCAUCUAGAUAAACGUUCAACAACAGAAGUUUUAUCAAACUUAGCACAAGAUGCUGCAAGGGAGACAAUUCGUCAAACCUCUGCUUCUAAUUCACCGUCUGUUUCUAUGUUCAACUCUAAUCAAAGUUCAUCUUCAAUUUCAUAUAACUUAGGUCAUAUAGGUGCAGGAAGUAACGCUGCUAUUGCUGCUGCAGCAUCUCAAGCUAUAGCUGCUACACAACAGAUGCAGUUAGGUAGAAGAACUUCGAGUAUGAAAGCUAGCUAUGAUCUGAUGUCACGAAAUCAACCCCCUGUAUUAACAAAAGAUUUAACAGCCAACAGCAGUUACACUACCCCUACUCCCUCCCCCAGUCCUGCUGAACCGGCUCCUAGAUCUGCUAGAACAAAAAAACAAACAUCAAAGGCCGCUGCAUUGGCCUUACAACAAACAGCCACGACACCCAACACAACAACUGCUGCACCACCUACACCAACCCCUGUAAUCCCGGAACCCACACCGCCUGUACCUCCAGUAGAAGAUACAACAGCAGAAUUACAAGUUGUCGAUACGUGGCAGAGUGACCCGAAUGAACCACGAUAUUGUUUGUGUAAUGAAGUAUCUUAUGGUGAUAUGGUCGGCUGUGAUAAUGAAGAUUGUCCCAUAGAAUGGUUCCAUUAUGGUUGUGUUGGUUUAUUCCAAGCCCCGAAAGGUAAAUGGUUUUGUCCACAGUGUGUGGCGGCCAUGAAACGUCGAGGUAGACGAUGAUUGAUUGCUGUUAUAUAUAUAGUUAUAUAUUGGUUGUCGUGGUGAUAUGUGAUGUUUAUAAUAUUAUAGUAUGUAUCAGUGUGUGAUAAAAGGUUGUAAGGUAGUUGAUAGAAUGAAAGUGAUACCUGUAUAAAACUCCUUGAUCAAACAAACUAAUUAAAACACAGAUCCUAUUUCCUUUCAUUUCUUAUAGUUCAAAAUUUUGUUUUAAUUGUCUGUACUACACAAGGAUCUGGAAGAGUUGUUAUAUUACCGGGGGGUUGGAUGACUGAAUGGUUAGCGCGCGCGCUGUAUCAUAAAGUCUGUCAUUGAGUCGACUGGAGUGGUUUUGAAUCCCUGGUUGUACUUGACAGUCUGUAACGGCGAGUUCUUGCCGUGCGAUGCACGGAACUGUGGGUAAACCACUAGAAACUUCAACACUGAUUGAUUAAUCAAUGUCUGAUGUCAUAGGUUCAAAAGCCGCUCGUACGACCCCUGACGCGACCUUCCAGUACAACCGUUCAGAUCUUCAUGUAGCGUAGGUCAUCGAAACGAAAUAUUGAUUUGUAUUUUAAUCAGAUUGUCGUUGAUCAAUCAACCUGAUUGAAAUACAGAUCAAUAUUUCGUUUUGUGUUUUUAUAAUUUCAUUGACCUUCACUAUGUUGUAGUGGGAGAUCGUGUCAGAGGUCAUACAUGCAGCUUGUGACCAUAUCAUGUUAGUCAUUCGAUCAACCAAUCAGUGUCGGUGUAUCAAGUGGGUUAUUCUGAAAUGCAACUUUUGCUUUGUUUUCUAUCGCUGUGAUUGUCUAACCCGCAGACAGUCGAUAAGAAUUCCACUCCACAGACUAUUCGUAAAAUAAAAUUUUGAACUAUAAAAAACGAAAUCUGUGUUUUAAUCAGAUUUUCAAACAGUAGAACUUAUUGAUGGGUUGGGGUAAGCCCGUAGAUUACCUGUAUUUUUAUUACUCUUUGAUCAAAAAAAACCAAAGUAAUCUCUCAGACACCACUCAUUACAAAUGAGAAGCAGGCAUGAAUAAUGGCUGAAUCUAUUUGUUAAGGCCAGCUCAAUUUUUGUCAAGGUCGCUGAGAUGUAAAUAAGGUUAGGGCACGUGAUUGUUGCUGAGAUUGUCGGUUAGGGUAAGCAUUGGGGCUAGGAGCAGGGUUAGGGUUGGGAAUAGUGCUAGCCCUGUUUAUAUCUUGUGACCUAUGACAAAAAAUUGAGCUGGCCUUAUCAUUUAGCACUUACCGUGAAUAAUCUUUUGCUUGAAGAACACGGUAUUGUGGAUCAUGGUAAAAAGGUCAAAGUUCAUACUAUAAUUAAUUUAUUUAUGUUCCAAACAGUUAAAUUUAGCUAGGUUAAAAAAAAUGCAAAUAUAAAUGGCUUUAGAUAAAAAAAAAUAAAAGAAAACGUGUAUAAUAGACCAAGUAUCUGUUGUCAUGUUGCUAUGGAAAUCGAUUUGGAUUUCCAUUUAAUUUAGCUGGGUGAAAAAAUGAUACAAAAAUAAAUGGCUUUAGAUUAGAAUAUAUCAGUUGUCAUGGAAACUGAUUGGAUUUAUUUAUAUAUAUAAUGUUAGUCUGUGUUAAAGUAGUAUGAAAGUCUGGUGAUUUGUAUAUCUAAUUUGUUUUUUGUAUGCUUGUACACAAUUUUGUUUGUUAAAAAUAAACUUAUUUUUCUAAAAAAAA